GGGAUUGUCACACAGAGACCAACAGAAACAGCCCGACCCGCAGCCAGUCCACUCAGUGGCACCUUGAUCCUUCCCAGAAACGCAGCGACUGUGCAUCUCCAAAGUACGCGCAUCACAGCCUCAACUCAUCCCGUGAACACAUCUGGAGGAGGACCGAAAAGCCGCCCGCAGCUGCACGUUUUUUUUUUCCUUUUCUCUCUUUCCUGCGCGACCAGGAGAAAGUGCCGCGUCCUUGAAAUUAACUAUAAGUUGAAGGAGACACGGAGUGAGAGAGUUGGCGGCGAAAUAAAUCUCGCUUUGAGUACUUCAUCACGAACAAGCAUACAAGGAGGUGAAUGGACCUCCACCGCCCUUUCAAGAUGGACAGCCCCUCCUACCUGCCGGCUCCACUGGCCUCCCCCGCCCUGAUGGUACUAGCCUCGACCGCUGAGGCCGGCAGAGACGCCUCUGUCCCCUGUCAGGCGCCCAGGCCCUUUGGUGUACCCGCCUCUGUGGAGAAAGACCUCCACCUCCCCUUCCCUUCAGCCUCCUACACCUUCACCUCCAUGUAUCAGCGCCAGGGCCCCAUGUCAGGCACCUUUCCGUCACGAGACUUCCCGGCCUCCCUGCUCCACCUGCACCCUCAGUUUACCCCGCCAAACCUGGACUGCUCCACCUUGAGCAUGCUCAACCACAGCGGUGUGGGCGCCUUCCGGCCCUUCUCCUCUCCACAGGAAGAGAGGGAGUCAGGGGGCUAUCAGUCGGCUUUCACCCCCGCCAAAAGGCUGAAAAGUUGCUUUCCGGAGGUGGAGGGGAAGGAGUUUGACUUUGGCUCCCUCGCAGGUGCCCUCAAAGCUGGGGAGGACUCAGGGAGGAAGUUGUUCUCCAUGUCCGGCCUGCUGUCUGAUGGAGAGGCGUCAUCAAGCCCGGAGGAGCGCAAAGAGCACAGCAAGCUGAAGGGUCUAUAUGACGCUCAGGCUCCAGUGUGUCCAGUCUGCCAGGCCAUCCUGCGACCCGGGGAGCUGCAGGAACACAUGCAGCAGGAGUUAUCCAAACUCACGCAGCUACAAAUCAGUGCCACUCCAGUGCAUCAUGACCACCUACUAAGGACACCGAAGUCCCUCUCACUGUCUCUGCAUAUCAAGUGUGAAGGAGGUUCUCCUACCUCACCCCCAAGACCAGCUGAGGAGGCCCACUCUGACAGAUACCAGACGUUCCUCCGUGUGCGGGCCAACAGACACACGAGACUAAACGUCGAUGACCUCUGCUGGUGCAGGUGCUACGUCAAAUCUGCCCCAUUACGCCCCCACAGCGCAGGAGCCCACCUAGACUGCACACAAGCUGUCAGGAUUGGGAAGCUGAAGAGGAGGAAGCCAGAGGAAGGACAGGAGGGUUCAGCGGACUUGGUACCACUGGAGGACGAGUGGAAUGAGAGGAGAAGGAUACAGAUGGCAUCUAUAGGUUUUAAAGGGGCAGUGCUGGUGAGCACGACUUCAAAGGAAUGUCGAGACAGCGAUGCGGACCUGGAUGUGGAUGGAGAUGAUACUCUGGAGUACGGCAGAGCGCAAUACACAGAGACCGAUGUGAUUCCCUGUUCAGCAGAAAGCUCCAAGGAAGCGACAGUGAACAGCAGCAGUGCGUUGCCUGAUUCCAGAGUAAACCUUGACUUUUCCAAAUGGUCAAAUGACGGGAGUCCAUCUACGAGCAGCGGAGAGAAACAGGAUGGCAGCAUAGCCAGUCUCCCCAGAACCUGCAAAAACACUGACAUAGAGACGCUCUCAGAGGAUUCCACGCUGACAACACUGGAUGCACUUAAAACUCGGAUACGGGAUUUGGAGAAACAACUGUCUAAAGGAGACAGAUUUAAAUGUCUCAUCUGCAUGGAUACGUACACAACACCACUCACCUCCAUCCAGUGCUGGCACGUUCACUGUGAGGAGUGUUGGCUUCGAACAUUGGGAGCAAAGAAGUUGUGUCCUCAGUGCAACACCAUCACCUCACCUGGAGACCUAAGGCGGGUUUACCUGUGACUCCACACACACUGAAGUGUCUGUUGGAGCCAGUCAGAGGAGGACCUGUGUGCAGCUGGCCUGUCAUACACUCCCUCACCCUCCUCCUCCUUCUCCUCGUCCUCCUCCUCCUCCUCACACCCACCUGGUUUGACAGUGUACUCCAAACAUCCGCUAACCCCUGACAAGUUGAACAGCAAGUGCGACCUCUGACCUGUUCAAUGUCCAAGUUCCUGCUGCGACAUCAGGCAGAUCAGAAGAAACACCUGAAAUCUAACCGAGAGCUCAGGCACUGAACGACAAGCAUAGAAUAACAACAAAAAAACAACAACUAUCGUUUGGGACAAUAUUUAUCAAUUUUGUAAUCCUUUUUUGUCUCUUUAAAAAAUAGUUCAAUUAAACUGAAAUGCAAAGCACAUGUACAUAGUUUUGUGUAUGUAUGUUCGGAGUGGUGUGUGUAUAUGAUGUUGACUAGCUCUAUUUACUGUACAGCGUUUGUCUUUGCUUAGAUCAUUUAUUAUUUGUUUAACUCCUGUAGGCUGGAAGCUUUUAUAGUAAUCUCAUUACAUUCAGGCACAUUUUGUCUUCGUCAUUGAUGUAUUUCUUUGUAUAGGGCCAUUAAAUCUAAUUUUAUCAUUUAACUACAAUAAAAUGUGUGUCUAAAGGUG